UUUCCCCCCCCCCAAUUUUCGUGGAAAGGCCAAUAGGCAGGAGCCAGGAUUAGUCGCUUUUGACUAAACAGCAAUGGCAGUCCGGGAACAAUGGGAUAAUAUUGCGGGUCUGUUUUUCUUUCUGCUUUGUCUCUGCGACUGGUCCGUUGCUCAGAUAUCCUACUCCAUUUCAGAGGAGGUGGACAAAGGAGCAUCGGUGGGAAAUCUCGCUAAGGAUUUAAAUCUCAGCGCACAGCAGCUUCAUUCGGCGGGUCUUCAGAUUACCUCCGCCUAUAAAAAACAGUAUUUUGACAUAAAUCAUGAGUCUGGACUACUUUUCGUGAGCGAGAGGGUAGAUCGGGAGGAGGUUUGUCCUAAUACGGUAAAGUGCUCUUUAAAUGUAGAGGCCAUAUUAAGCAACCCCCGCAGUCUCCAUCGCAUUGAAGUUGUAAUUACUGAUAUUAACGAUAAUGCUCCCUUUUUUUUGGAAGAAUUAACUGCAAUAGAUAUGUCUGAGUCCUCUUAUGUCGGUGAAAGACACCCGCUUCCGAUCGCUCAAGACGCUGACGUAGGCAUUAACUCGGUAAAGACUUACACAUUAAACUCUAAUGAAUAUUUCUCUUUAGAUAUACAGGGUAGUAGUGACCAAAGUGUGUCUGCUGAGUUAGUGCUUCAGAAAGCAUUAGAUCGAGAAAAACAGGCUGUUAUUGAACUCACGCUGACAGCGAUAGAUGGAGGAAAACCUCCAAAAACGGGAACUUUACAGAUACAUGUUAAUGUCUUGGAUGUAAAUGACAAUUCACCUUUGUUCAGUAAAUCUCUUUACAAGGUACAAAUAGUUGAAAAUGCAAAUAUUGGCACGACUUUAUUAAAACUAACAGCCAGUGAUUUAGAUGAAGGUGUCAAUGCUCAGCUGUUUUACUCUUUUACAGAAAAGGGCCGUUUAAAGCCUGAUAACAAAUUUGCUCUAGAUGAAAAUACUGGGGAAAUUACAGUGAAAGGUAAUAUCGAUUAUGAGGAAAAUCAAGCAUACGAGAUUCGUGUUCAGGCACGAGAUAAAGGUAACCCUCCUCGCACUGCACAUAGUAAGGUUUUAGUCGAAGUUAUUGAUGUCAAUGACAAUGCUCCAGAAAUCUCGGUGUCAUCUCUAAUGAGUCAAGUGAAAGAGGACGCGGAAAAGGGGACAGCUGUUGCUAUGGUGACUAUAACUGAUAAAGACGGGGGCAAAAAUGGCCUGACAAACUGUAAAAUUGCAGAUUCCCUUCCUUUUAAAUUAAAAUCUAACUAUAAAAACUAUUACUCGUUGCUGGUUGACGGGCCUCUUGACAGAGAGAGUGUUUCCCAGUAUAAUGUAUCAAUUACUGCUACAGAUGAAGGGACUCCUGCUUUGUCGAGCACGAGUGUCAUAACUGUUCACAUUUCUGACGUCAAUGACAAUCCUCCUCGUUUCUCUGAACCUUUAAUCAACGUUUAUGUGAAGGAGAAUAGCCCAAUUGGAACAACAAUUCAUACACUAUCGACGAUAGAUUCAGAUUUGAAUGAAAACGCAAAAGCAAUAUACAAUUUAAUCAGAAGCUCUGUCAAGAUAACCCAGUUAGCGUCAAUGAUUAACAUCAACUCAGAGACUGGAGAUAUAGUCAGCCUGCAGUCUUUUAACUAUGAGGAGUUAAAAACGUUUCAGUUUAAAGUUCAGGCCACAGACUCUGGUGUUCCUCCACUCAGCAGCAACGUGACUGUGAAUGUUUUGAUCCUGGAUGAAAAUGACAAUAAUCCAACUAUUCUCGCGCCCUAUUCUGAGCACGGCUCCGUCAACAGUGAGAGCAUCCCCUAUUCUGCUGAAGCGGGAUACUUUGUGGCAAAGAUCAGGGCUGUAGACACAGACUCUGGAUACAACGCGCUGCUCUCUUAUCACCUCUCUGAGCCCAAAGGAAAUAAUCUCUUCCGGAUCGGAACCAGCACCGGAGAGAUCAGGACUAAGAGGAGAAUGAGUGACAAUGACCUGAAAACUCACCCCUUGGUGGUGCUGGUCUCUGAUAAUGGAGAACCCUCCCUGUCAGCUACUGUGUCUAUUGAUGUGGUGGUGGUUGAAAGCAAUGCUGACAUCCACACUCAGUUCAGACAUGUGACCAUAAAGGAGGAGAGCUUCUCUGAUUUAAACCUGUAUCUGCUCAUCGCCAUAGUGUCGGUGUCAGCCAUCUUCCUGCUCAGCCUCAUCACUUUAAUAGCUGUCAAAUGUCACAGGACAGACGGCAGUUUCAGCAGGUACGGAGCCCCAAUGAUCACCACCCACCCUGACGGGAGCUGGUCUUACUCCAAAGCUACUCAGCAGUAUGACGUGUGUUUCAGCUCAGAUACACUCAAGAGUGACGUAGUGGUUUUCCCCGCAUCGUUUCCGCCUGUAGAUGCUGAACUCAUCAGUAUAAAUGGAGGAGACACUUUUACCAGAACUCAGACUUUACCUAACAAAGAACAG